AGGCGAGAGUGGUGUUCGACACUGGUAGUACGAACCUGUGGGUGGCCUCCGUCCUCUGCCACACCUACCCGUGCCCGGCGGAAAACGAGAACAAGUUCUACGACCCGAAAAAGUCUACAACGCAGGAGGCCUUCACUGGCACUGACCUGACGAGGGAUCCAGGCGCGGACAUCGAUAUCAUGUUCGGCACCGGGGAGCUGCGCGGGCCUCUGCACGUCGACACGUACAGGGUCGGCCCCCUGAGGGUGAAGCAGCAGCCGUUCGCCAUGAUCCGGGAGAUGAACGGAGAGGUCUUCGCCGCGUUCCCCUUCGAGGGCAUCCUGGGCCUCGCGUUCAAGUCACUGUCCUUCGGCGGGAUUGAGCCGUUUUUCGAGCGGGUCAUCCAGCAGAAGCUGCUCGAGCACAACGAGUUUGCCUUCUACCUGAACGUGGACAGCACGAAGCCGAGCGCGCUGCUCUGGGGAGGCAUCGACCAGAGCCUGUACGAGGGCCCCCUGCGCAUGUUUCCAGUGGUGCAGGCUGGGGCGGACGGUGCCGCUGCUGCUGGCCUCCUUCCCCACUGCUCGUCGUUUGAGCUGACCUUGGCCACAUCGUGA